AUGUCCUCAGGUGGGGUCCAGUGUCCGUCGUGCGGUGCAGUCUUCCCCCAUGCCAAGUUUGCAGAGGGCAGUCGAUGCAGCCAAUGUACCAGUGGAAAGCCAGACGAACCACAAUGUGUAUCAUGCGGGAUCAUCUUCCCAAAGCUUAAGGGGGAAAUAUGUGGUAGCUGUGCAAGUCUUUCUGGUUCGUCUCGUCCGCUUUGUUUGCCACUUUGUCGCAUCUAUGCUGACAUCGAUCUUCCGCUAUCAGCACCCAUACAAAGGAAGAGCUUUGAUUCGAGUUAUGUUCUGAAGCGUGUCGAUAAGGCCCUCGAAACGCCUCACAACCCCCGGAAAUCAAGUCAUCAACGUUCAGCUUCUCUGACAUCGACUAAGACAGGAGCAUUUGUUGCAAACUUCAGAGAUCGGUUGAAUGCUCAGCCAAAACAUAGACCGCCACCUGCACCGAUCUCAGAUCAUGCUCGUAACACCCCACCUGCACGAGCAGGUAUCUUCAUAUCGGUCACAUCAAUGUUCUUUAAUGCCGUGCUUAAGAAGGAUUUCACACCGUACAGUGAAUUCUACAAGCCUGAAACUGGUUUUCAAGAUGUUUUGGAGGACAUACGGAAGCAUGUCGAUGUGGAAUGCUCAAGGAUCCUUGACGUGCCACUAACGCCUCUUACAGCACGCACUGAAAGCGACGACGACGACACCUCAGAUGGCCCUCUAACUCUAAUGGAGAGAAGUGAAACUUUUGACCUUGCUUAUUUUUACGACACAUAUGAGCUAGGUAAGGGAAAGACAAAAGUCGUACACAAACUUCGUCGGUCUGAGGAUGGACCGUUCUAUACGGCAAAGAAGUAUUACCAAGGUGAUACUGAUGGUGAAGUAACUACCGCCUCGAACUUCAAAUGGCUCCGACAGGAGAUGAUACGUGCUGUAUUUGCAGCACGAGUCACCGAAAACUUUGUAACAAAAACAAAGAGAAUGAACAUCUCGAUACAUGACAUCGCUUUUUUGGUCCCCGUGAUCCUGCACGAACAUGUCAAAGGAAGUAAAGCGGGGGCAUGGUUAUCAGAUGAGUUGGUCCAUGGUGAAAUGCAAAAAUUCUCUGGUACCUAUCAAGCUGGCCAACAUCUCGAAACGGAUCUCGCAGGAAUUACCUGUGACGCCCUGGCCCAUUGGUCAUUUUCCACUGGUUCAAAGGAGCGCGUGUUUGUCGAUUUGCAAGCUGAUUCUGGGGUUGGCGACGGGGGUGAGCAUGGGAUUCAAACAUUCAAGGAGCAGCAUAAGUGCAAUCGAAUCUGUCGACAGCUCGAUCUACCACCCCUCAUUGACUCCGUUCAAGCUACUGGGGAGCCUAUCGAGGGUACUAAAGAGUCUGAAGAGUCUACUGCUACUGAGUAA